CAUUGAUAUGGAGAUGUGGGACUAUAAAUAGGAGGGAUGAAGGCAGCAGAGAUCAGAUUGUCUCUACACAGACCUCUACAGCACAGAGAUCCACACAUGGCUCCUACAAUCACUGCAGCAAGGACCAACUCUCAGGAGCAUCUGACUCGGAGCCACAAGCUCAGAAAGCCUCUGGUGGAGAAGUUACGCAGAGAGCGAAUCAACAGCAGCAUCGAGCUGCUCAAGUCUCUCCUGGGUCCAGAGUUCCUCAACCAGCAGCCAGACUCCAAGCUGGAGAAAGCAGACAUCCUGGAGAUGACCGUUUGCUUCCUGACACAGCUGCUGCAGCAGAACCAGCAGCAGAGAAGACUGAUGAAGCACUUCAACAAGCUGCAGUCUUCCUCUGAGGAGAAGCUGACAGAGGCUGACUUCUCUCCUCUGAGCUCCACAGUCCACAGCACAUCAUCAAAGAGCAGAGUCCAGUCAGCAGCGCCCUGGAGGCCGUGGUAG